ACGCGGGGGAGGCGGAGCCGCCUGUAGCCCGACCUUUGACCCGCGGCGUCAGAGGCGGAGGUGCGGGGACUCCUGGAGAGAGGUUCCUUUGAUCGCAGUGGCGAUGGAGGAUCCUGUUCAAGGUGGGAUGGCUGCAGCACCCUCUGCAACCGGGAAAUCCAAGCUGGAAACUUUGCCCAGAGAAGAUCUCAUCAAGUUUGCCAAGAAGCAAAUGAUGCUGCUACAGAAAGCUAAAGCGAGGUGCACAGAAUUAGACAAAGAAAUUGAAGGACUCAAAUCAAAACCUGUUGAUGGAGGAACUGAUGAUAUUAUUAAGGUACUAACUGAACGCUUGGAUGCCCUUCUUCUGGAAAAAGCAGAGACUGAACAACAGUGUCUAUGUCUGAAAAAGGAAAAUAUUAAAGUGAAGCAAGAGGUUGAGGAUUCUGUAACUAAACUGGAAGAUAUGAACAAAGAGUUUGAACAAUCACAUAGAAACUAUGUAAAAGAAAUUGAAAACUUUAAAAAUGAAUUGAUUGCAGUGCACUCAGAGCAUAGUAAAGAAAAAGCCAUCUUGCAAAAAGAACUGGAAGAUGCAGUAAAUAAGCAGUUCGAGCUGUUAGAACAGCUUAAAUCUCAGAGUGAUGCUGAAGACAGUGUUAAAAAACUACAAGAAGAGAUUCAGAACAUUACGGCAGUAUUUGAGGAACAAAUUUUAUGUCUAAAAAAGCAGUUAGAAGCUACCAACAAUGAAAAAAAUCAAGAGAUUAUUCAUCUCCAAAAAGUCAUUGAGGACAGCACUGAGCACUACCGAAAAGAUAUUAAUGCUUUUCAAGAAGAGAUUUUGCAGCUGAGAGCUACACACAAAGAUGAAGUUAAUGAGCUGAUGUCUCAAAUGGAAACAUCAGCUAAAGCACAUGAGGCAGAAAUAAACAAGCUAAAAGAGAAUAGGUUGCUACAGUGUGGGGCAAAUGAGAACAUUCAGGGGAAAUACCAAUGUGAAUCAGAAAACUUAAAUGAAGGCAUCUCAGAUACAAACCAGGAGAGUCUAAAUUGCUUUGUGCCCUUACCGGAAGAUCCUGUUGCAGAACAAACAGUGUAUGAUAAAGUCAGACAAUUGGAAGAUUCCUUAAAAGAACUGGAAUCUCAACACAGCAUCUUAAAAGAUGAGGUGACUUACAUGAAUAAUCUCAAGUUAAAACUUGAGAUGGAUGCACAACAUAUAAAGGACGAGUUUUUCCAUGAGCGAGAAGACUUGGAGUUUAAAAUUAAUGAACUGUUGCUAGCUAAAGAAGAACAGGGCUAUGUAGUAGAAAAAUUAAAAUAUGAGCGAGAAGAUUUAAAUAGACAGCUUUGCUGUACUGUGGAACAGCAUAACAAAGAAAUACAGCAUCUUCAGGAACACCAUCAGAAAGAAAUCUCUGAACUAAGUGAGACAUUUAUGUCAGGUUCAGAAAAAGAAAAGUUAGCAUUAAUGUUUGAAAUACAGGGUCUUAAAGAACAGUGUGAAAGUCUACAACAUGAAAAGCAAGAAGCGGUCCUAAAUUAUGAGAGUUUACGAGAGAUGAUGGAAAUUUUACAAACAGAACUCGGAGAAUCCGCUGGAAAAAUAAGUCAAGAGUUUGAAACAAUGAAGCAACAACAAGCAUCUGACGUUCAUGAGCUUCAACAGAAGCUGAGAACUGCUUUUAAUGAAAAAGAUGCUCUUCUUGAAACUGUGAAUCGCCUCCAAGGAGAAAAUGAAAAGUUACUGUCUCAACAAGAAUUAGUACCAGAACUUGAAAGUACCCUAAAGAACCUUCAGGCAGACAAUAGCAUGUACUUAGCCAGUCUUGGUCAAAAAGAUAUCAUGUUACAAGAAUUAGAAGCAAAGAUAAGUUCUCUUGCUGAAGAAAAAGAUGAUUUUAUAAGUAAAAUUAAAACUUCCCAUGAAGAGAUAGAUCAUCUCCAUCAGAAAUGGGAAAGGGAACAGAGAUUGACUGUAGAACUCAGGGAUGCAGCAGAGCAAACUGCCCAGCACAACAGUGAACUGAGAAAAAGAGUAACUGAAUUAACAGGGAAACUAGAUGAAAUAUUAAGAGAAAAGAGUCAAAAUGAUCAAAACAUUAUGGUUCAAAUGAAAACGAUGACUGAAGACCAAGAAGAAUUGUCAUCUAAAAUCAAGUCUCUUUAUGAGGAAAAUAAUAGACUACACUCCGAAAAGGUCCAAUUGAGUAGGGAUUUGGAAGCUCUUCAAUCUCAAAAAGAUUUUGCCCUAAAAGAACAUGUUACUGAUUUGGAAAAGAAACUCCAGUUAAUAGUUGAAGAGCGAGAUGAUUUAAAUAAACUGCUUGAAAAUGAGCAAGUUCAGAAGUCAUUUGUCAAAACUCAGUUGUAUGAGUAUCUUAAACAAGUGAGGCCAAGCAUUUUAGAAGAAAAUGAAGAAGAUAUUGUAAAAGUUGUACAAGCUGUAGGUGAAUUUUUAGCAAAAAUAAAGGAAGAAAAACGAGACUUGGUAUUUGAAUGUGAUGAGAGAGUAUUAGAAUUAGAAAAAAAGAUUAAGUGCCUUCAAAAGGAGAUGGUAGUUCAGUGUGAAGAACUCAGGGCUUUACAGAGAAACUCUGAGCAAGAGAAAAUUCUCCUAAAGAAAGAAUUAGAAGAAGCCAUAUCAACAAAAGAGGCCCUGAAACUUGAUGUUCUAGAAGUGAAGAAUGCUAAUGAAAAAACAAGCCUUGAAAAUCAGACUCUUUCAACUCAGGUUGAAGAAGUAUCUCAGACAUUACACAGCAAAAAUGAAAUCCAUGAUGAAAAUGUUAUUGUAAUGGACCAUGACAAAUUAAGGCUAUUGCUUGAAGAAAGAGAAUCUGAACUACAAGAUGUGAGAGCAGAACUGAUACUGUUAAAGGAUUCCUUAGAGAAAUCGCCUUCUGUAAAAAAUGAUCAACUCUCAUUGGUAAAAGAGCUGGAAGAAAAAAUAGAAAGUCUGGAAAAAGAAUCCAAAGACAAGGAUGAGAAAAUAAGUAAGAUAAAACUAGUUGCUGUGAAAGCAAAGAAAGAACUAGAUUCUAAUAGGAAAGAGGCCCAGACACUAAGGGAAGAACUUGAAUCUGUACGAUCAGAAAAGGACCGUUUGUCUGCUUCUAUGAGGGAGUUCAUCCAAGGAGCAGAAAACUAUAAGAAUCUCUUGUUAGAAUAUGAUAAGCAGUCAGAAGAGUUGGAUGUGGAAAAAGAACGUGCUAAUAAUUUUGAACAUCAUAUAGAAGACCUUACCAAACAAUUAAGAAAUUCAGCUUGCCAGUGUGAGAAACUGAAUUCAGACAAUGAGGAUCUCCUGGCUCGUAUUGAGACACUACAGUCUAAUGCCAGGUUAUUAGAAGCACAGAUCUUAGAAGUUCAGAGAGCCAAAGGGGUAGUAGAAAAAGAACUAGAAGCUGAAAAACUUCAGAAAGAGCAGAAAAUAAAGGAACAUGUCAGUACUGUAAAUGAGCUCGAAGAACUCCAGCUCCAGUUUCAAAAGGAAAAGAAGCAACUUCAGAAAACCAUGCAAGAAUUAGAACUUGUUAAAAAGGAUGCCCAGCAGACCACAUUGAUGAAUAUGGAAAUAGCAGAUUAUGAACGUUUGAUGAAAGAAUUAAAUCAAAAAUUAACAAAUAAAAACAGUAAGAUAGAGGAUUUGGAACAAGAAAUAAAAAUUCAAAAACAGAAACAAGAAACCCUACAAGAAGAAAUGACUUCACUGCAGUCUUCACUUCAGCACAAUGAAGAAAAAAACACCAAAAUCAAACAGCUGCUUGUGAAAACCAAAAAGGAACUGGCAGAUGCAAAGCAAGCAGAAACGGACCACCUACUACUACAGGCAUCUUUAAAGGGUGAGCUGGAAGCAAGCCAGCAGCAAGUAGAAGUCUAUAAAAUUCAGCUGGCUGAGAUAACUUCUGAGAAACACAAAAUCCAUGAGCAUCUGAAGACGUCUGCAGAACAGCACCAGCGCACACUGAGUGCGUAUCAGCAAAGGGUGGCUGCACUGCAGGAAGAGAGCCGCACUGCCAAGGCAGAGCAAGCUGCUGUCACCUCUGAAUUUGAGAGCUACAAAGUCCGAGUUCAUAAUGUUCUAAAACAACAGAAAAAUAAAUCUGUGUCUCAGGCUGAAAAUGAGGGAGCUAAACAAGAAAGGGAACACCUGGAAAUGCUGAUUGACCAACUGAAAAUCAAGUUACAGGACAGCCAAAAUAGCUUACAAAUCAGUGUGUCAGAGUUCCAGGCACUACAGUCUGAACAUGAUACUCUACUGGAGAGGCACAACCGGAUGCUGCAGGAAACUGUGACCAAAGAAGCAGAACUUCGGGAAAAGUUGUGUUCAGUUCAAUCUGAGAACACCUUGAUGAAGUCUGAACAUGCCCAGACAGUGUGUCAGCUAACAUCCCAGAAUGAAGUACUCCGGAACAGCUUCCGAGACCAGGUUCGACAUUUGCAGGAUGAGCACAGAAAGACAGUGGAGACUCUGCAGCACCAGCUCUCUAAGGUGGAAGCUCAGCUCUUCCAGCUCAAGAGUGAGCCAUCCACAAGAAGCCCUGCUGCUUCCCACCAACCUUUGAAAAACCCCCGAGAAAGAAGACACACAGACCUCCCCCUUCUGGACAUGCACUCGGUGGCCCGAGAGGAGGGAGAAGGGAUGGAGACAACUGACAGCGAGUCUGUGUCUUCGCCUGGCACACACAUUCAGUCUUUAGAGCAGCUCCUUAGUUCUUCUGACGCCAAGCCUGAACAGCAUCUUACAGAACCCACUUUAUGGCAUACUGAAUUUACCAAAGAAGAAUUGGCUGAGAAGCUCAGUUCCACCACUAAGAGUGCAGAUCACUUAAAUGGCCUGCUUCGGGAGACAGAGGCUACCAAUGCCAUUCUCAUGGAGCAAAUUAAGCUUCUCAAAAGUGAGAUAAGAAGACUGGAAAGAAACCAAGAGCGUGAGAAGUCUGUGGCCAACCUGGAGUACUUAAAGAAUGUCUUGCUGCGGUUCAUUUUCCUGAAGCCUGGUAGCGAAAGAGAAAGGCUUCUUCCUGUGAUUGACACAAUGCUGCAGCUCAGCCCUGAAGAGAAGGGAAAGCUUGCCACAGUUGCUCAAGGUGAAGAAGAAGGUGCUUCCCGUUCCUCUGGAUGGGCAUCCUAUCUGCAUAGUUGGUCUGGACUUCGAUAGAUUGAUGGAAAGAACAGAAUUGACUCAACAGAAUUCAUUUGGGGAAAAAAAUGGUUAUUAUUAUUUGAUCAGGAAGUGUGCAUAUCUGUUCACAUCCUCUGGUGACUGUAUAUAUGGUAGCAGAUGUGUUUAGAAUCUCAACUUGUAGUAAAAGGGCAACAGCUUGAAGCAAUGGUACCAAUCGUCCACAGCCCUCUAACUCAGCACCACAGUCUCUGUGCUCUCCAGCACAGAGGAAACAGUUCAUUCCCGCACUCUACAACCCCAGUAGUCACUCAUUUCUGAGUAGUACUAUGAAUUUUGAAACUGAACUAAGUUUUGGUACCAUACCAACUGGGGAAUUUAAGCUUUUAAAAUAAUGUUUCAAGAUUAAGGAAAUGCUUUAUUGGUAAGGUUUACAUGUUUAUUAAGGGAUUAUGAAGUAAAUAUGCUAUAUGGUUAAUUAUAUGGUUAAUUAUGAGACUAAGUUAAAUUGCAAUUUAGUUAGUUGCUUUAAAAUGCCCCCCCCCCCGUUUGUUAUUUUCAAAAUUCACUCUGGUACUGGUGAUGUGACGCUGACUGAAUAUGUGUCCCCCCCCUCAGCUGUGUUUCCAUGUGUCUCCAGGCUCAUAGUGUAUGCCACUGCUCAUAAGCCAUGAAUCUAUUUUGAGAAUUCCCUGAAUCUCAGAACAGUGACUGUCUUACCUAACAUUAAGUCUACACGUGAACCUACUGCUUCCAGUAUUGUUCAGGUAGUCUUGUUCCUAAGCAUGACCCCCAGAGGGCUCUGGCUCACUCUUGGUGAAUAAGCCUGGCUGGGGCUGGGGGAGAGGGAUUACUUGCCUUUAUAUCUCUGGAAAUACUCUUUUGGCUAGAUUAAAAUUGUGCUCUUAAGUCAAAUUUGGGAAUUAUAUGUUAAUAUGUAAUUUGUUAAUAAAUAACCACAUAGUGAUGUCUGGAAUUGUUAAGCUUAUGGUUUAUUCUCCAGUUUUCAGUCUCAGCUGGAAACCUGACUCUCUAUUUCAGUCACUAUGAAUAUUGGCUUCCAACCUGGUUUGACUGACAUUUGCUGCUGACACAUUGAGUUUGUUCUCUUAAAGCUCUCCAUCUCACAGUGCUCGCUCCGCCUGUUAGAACAGACCUAACUGAGUGUGCUGAUUAAAGUGCAUUGAUUCCAGAGCUGACUCUAGAAAUUGAGUGUUUGACUUCAUAAGCUGUGAAUGAGUAUGCCCAGUGGCAUCCAGUGUAAUUUUAGUAAUAUUUAAAUAAACUCCAUGAUUUCUUUGCACCUACUAUGCCUUUUGAAAUCUGUAUAAACCUGUUUUGAAAUCUAGUUGUUCAUAUGAUUAUAUAAAAAUACCUUUGCAUGGUAAAAAUUACUUUGAUUACAAAAGACAUAUAUGCUUUUUGUGACCAGCAAUAAGGAACUGUAACAAAUGAUAUUUCUAUUAAAUGCAUUUAACUGUAUAUUA